AUGACCGGCGUCACCAUUGACCGGCGAACUGGCCAGGCCUACAGAGAGAUGGCCUUUCAUCCUUCCAAGUACCCAAAUGGGUCCUUUUGGGUUCAUGAGUCUCCAUUAUUGCCAAAAAGAUGGGAGGAGAACAGCCAACAUGGGGCCCCCUCAUUGCAGCACUCGGCCAUGAAAUGCCUGUUGUCUGAUCAGAGGAGACUGCGGCCUGAAAUGUUUGCAUACGUACCCUGGCAUAUUGCUAGCUACCUCUGGGAUUGUCUUGGCAAGAGCAAUAGAAGAACUCUACACAGCUGGAAGCUCUUUGCUACAGCCUACCCCGAGCAAUUCCGAGAAGUCAGCCCUUACCGCUCCUAUAGUACCAAAAGCGUGAAGAUGAGCAUGCCAGAAUACUGGAAAGUGGUGAACAGCGAUGCCUUGAAUUGGCGGGCCGUGUUAAGUUUGGACCCAUCAAUUGCCAGGGUUCCUGACCUCGUGGAAAUAACUAGUAUCCGGAACCUGGUAGCUUUGGAAAUAUCAUCGCCACCACAGACCUUGCAUAACGGCGAGUCGUCCGGGGUCAUGCUCAGCCAUCGUGUCAUCCGGUCGUGGAACGAGUUGCAGCAGAGUUCUGGGGCAUUUGCACAUCUCCGACUUUUGGUCUUGUCUCAUCAACGCGAUCUCUCAGUACAGAUCCUCCAGUACCUGCGAGACUUUCCAUCAUUGGAAAUUGUUCUUGCGCUGGACUGCGGAGAUCUCACAAGGAUGUCUAGGGAUGAAUUCCAAGUUGACGGAUGGCUAGUAGAUCCCGAAUCAAAGCGGGGCGGAACUCUCUACGAGCAGUACCUAUCAAUCACCAACGCUGAGGCAAGAAAGUCGACCGGCCUAGACGCUGCCCCCGUUUUGAAUUUCGAAAUCAACCCUAGCCAAACCGAACGCCGCACGUCAAUGAGAAAAGAGAAGCGAUUCUGCUUCUACCGCGACGGCAGCAAGACUUACAAGCAGGAGCGAGAGUCAGGCCAAAAAAGGCCACGAGGCUAUCCUCAGAUGAAGAUUAACAGACCAGACAAAUACCGCAAGAUAGGCUGGGAAGGACUGCUGGGAGACUUGACAUGA